AUGCAGAAGAGCGUGCGCUACAACGAGGGGCACGCCCUGUACCUGGCUUUCCUGGCCCGCAAGGAGGGCACGAAGCGCGGCUUCCUGAGCAAGAAGGCGGCGGAGGCGAGCCGCUGGCACGAGAAGUGGUUCGCCCUUUACCAGAAUGUGCUCUUCUACUUCGAGGGCGAGCAGAGCGGCCGGCCAGCCGGCAUGUACCUGCUGGAGGGCUGCAGCUGUGAGCGGGCUCCCGCCCCGCCCAAGGCAGCGUCUGGGGCAGCGGGUGGCAAGGACGCCCUGGACAAGCAGUAUUACUUCACUGUUCUCUUUGGUCAUGAAGGUCAGAAACCCCUGGAGCUCCGUUGUGAAGAAGAACAUGAGGGUAAGGAGUGGAUGGAUGCCAUUCAUCAAGCCAGUUAUUCAGACAUUCUGAUUGAGAGAGAAGUAUUAAUGCAGAAGUACAUCCAUCUAGUUCAGAUCGUAGAGACAGAAAAAAUUGCAGCUAACCAACUCCGACAUCAGCUUGAAGAUCAAGAUACUGAAAUUGAAAGGCUUAAAUCAGAGAUUGUUGCUCUUAAUAAAACCAAGGAACGAAUGCGACCAUACCAGGGCAACCAGGAAGAUGAAGAUCCAGAUAUCAAAAAGAUUAAAAAGGUUCAGAGCUUCAUGCGAGGAUGGUUAUGUAGAAGGAAAUGGAAAACCAUUGUUCAAGAUUACAUUUGUUCUCCCCAUGCUGAAAGUAUGAGAAAGAGAAACCAGAUUGUUUUCAACAUGGUUGAGGCUGAGUCAGAGUAUGUACAUCAAUUGUACAUUCUGGUUAACUGUUUCCUUCGCCCUUUAAGAAUGGCUGCCAGCUCCAAGAAACCUCCAAUUACCCAUGAUGAUGUCAGCAGCAUUUUCCUCAAUAGUGAAACAAUCAUGUUCCUCCAUGAAAUAUUUCAUCAAGGACUAAAGGCAAGGAUUGCUAAUUGGCCUACUCUAAUUUUAGCUGACCUUUUUGAUAUUCUGCUACCAAUGCUUAAUAUUUAUCAAGAAUUUGUCCGCAAUCAUCAGUACAGUCUUCAAGUGCUAGCCAAUUGUAAGCAAAACAGAGAUUUUGACAAACUCUUGAAACAGUAUGAGGCCAACCCUGCCUGUGAAGGGAGAAUGCUGGAAACCUUUCUGACCUAUCCCAUGUUUCAGAUACCCCGGUAUAUUAUAACACUCCAUGAACUUCUUGCUCAUACUCCUCAUGAACACGUGGAAAGGAAGAGUCUGGAAUUUGCAAAAUCAAAACUAGAAGAACUGUCAAGGAUAAUGCAUGAUGAAGUGAGUGAUACUGAGAACAUACGGAAAAACCUUGCCAUAGAAAGAAUGAUAGUGGAAGGCUGUGAUAUAUUGUUAGAUACCAGCCAGACUUUUAUUCGACAAGGUUCUCUCAUUCAAGUCCCUUCAGUUGAGAGGGGGAAACUUAGUAAAGUUCGCCUGGGCUCAUUGUCUUUGAAAAAAGAAGGAGAAAGACAAUGCUUCUUAUUUACCAAACACUUUUUAAUUUGUACAAGAAGUUCAGGAGGAAAACUGCACCUGCUGAAGACAGGUGGUGUUCUCUCUCUCAUAGAGUGCACCUUGAUUGAGGAGCCCGAUGCAAGCGAAGAUGAUUCAAAAGGUUCUGGGCAAGUGUUUGGACACCUGGAUUUUAAGAUUGUAGUGGAGCCCCCAGAUUCUGCUCCCUUCACGGUUGUCUUGUUAGCGCCUUCUCGACAAGAAAAAGCUGCCUGGACAAGUGACAUAAGUCAGUGUGUUGACAACAUUCGGUGCAAUGGCUUAAUGACAAUAGUAUUUGAAGAAAAUUCCAAAGUGACCGUGCCACAUAUGAUUAAGUCUGAUGCCCGUCUUCACAGAGACGAUAAAGAUAUCUGCUUUAGCAAAACAUUAAACUCCUGCAAAGUGCCCCAGAUUCGCUACGCCAGUGUGGAAAGACUCUUGGAAAGGUUGACAGACUUGCGUUUUCUCAGUAUUGACUUUCUCAACACUUUUCUGCACACUUACCGUAUCUUCACCACAGCAGCUGUGGUCCUGGAGAAGCUGUCUGACAUAUACAAGAGACCUUUCACAUCCAUCCCUGUCAGAUCUCUGGAAUUGUUUUUUGUUACCAGUCAGAACAAUCGAGGUGAACACUUAGCAGAUGGAAAAUCACCAAAUCUGUGUCGAAAAUUCUCCUCUCCACCCCCGUUGGCUGUAUCCAGAACUUCUUCCCCUGUUAGAGCCAGAAAGCUGUCGUUGACUUCCCCCCUGAACUCAAAAAUUGGAGCCCUAGACCUGUCUGCUUCCUCCACGACCAGCAGUCCUACCUCAACUUAUAGCCCUGCUACAUCCCCACCACCCCACACUGGUAAAGUACCAUUGGAUCUUAGCAGAGGCCCUUCUUCUCCAGAACAAAGCCCCGGACCUCUAGAAGAGAAUUUAGAUAACCCCCGCAUGGAUCUGUGUAACAAGCUAAGACGAAAUAUCCGAAGAGCAGCUGUUCUAGAAUCCGUGUCGGGGGACCGAACAGUUUCAGAAAGUACUCCAGGUGUGGAAAUUGCUGAACUUUCACCGUGCAGAUCACCUUCGACUCCUAGACAUUUAAGAUAUCGUCCACCUGGAGGACAGACGGCUGAUAAUACCCACUGCUCCGUUUCUCCUGCCUCUGCUUUUGCUAUUGCUACAGCUGCUGCAGGACAUGGGAGUCCACCAGGAUUUAACAAUACUGAGAGAACCUGCGACAAAGAAUUCAUAAUACGCAGAACAGCCACCAACCGAGUACUGAAUGUUCUUCGCCACUGGGUCUCAAAGCACUCACAGGAUUUUGAACUCAACAACGAACUCAAGAUGAAUGUUCUAAAUUUGCUGGAGGAAGUCUUGAGAGACCCUGACCUUCUACCCCAAGAAAGGAAAGCCACAGCCAAUAUACUGAGGGCCCUUUCUCAAGAUGAUCAAGAUGACACCCACCUCAAAAUGGAGGACAUAAUCCAAACGCUUGACUGUCCUAAAGCAGAAUGCUUUGAAACCCUGUCAGCCAUGGAACUUGCUGAGCAGAUCACACUGUUGGACCACAUAGUGUUCAGGAGCAUCCCCUAUGAAGAAUUUCUUGGGCAGGGUUGGAUGAAAUUGGAUAAAAAUGAAAGAACACCCUACAUUAUGAAAACCAGCCAGCACUUUAAUGAUAUGAGUAACCUUGUGGCCUCCCAGAUAAUGAAUUAUGCUGAUGUCAGCUCCCGGGCCAACUCUAUUGAGAAAUGGGUUGCUGUUGCUGAUAUCUGUCGCUGCAUGCACAACUACAAUGGAGUGUUGGAAAUCACCUCCGCCUUAAACAGGAGUGCAAUCUACAGGCUGAAGAAAACCUGGGCCAAAGUCUCUAAACAGACAAAAGCUCUUAUGGACAAACUUCAGAAGAUUGUAUCUUCAGAAGGAAGAUUUAAAAAUCUCAGAGAAACACUCAAAAACAAUUGUAACCCCCCUGCAGUCCCUUAUCUUGGAAUGUACCUAACUGACCUGGCAUUUAUUGAAGAAGGAACACCAAAUUUUACUGAGGAAGGCCUUGUCAAUUUUUCAAAAAUGAGAAUGAUAUCACAUAUUAUCAGGGAGAUACGCCAAUUCCAGCAGACUUCCUACAGGAUAGAUCACCAACCAAAGGUCACUCAGUACUUGCUGGACAAAACUCUCAUCAUAGAUGAGGAUACGCUAUAUGAGCUGUCACUAAAGAUCGAGCCUCGACUCCCUGCUUGA